AUGCCUGGAACCGUCCCCACCCACGAAGACCAUGUCGAUGUCCUCAUCGUUGGCGCAGGCCCUGCGGGCCUUAUGCUGUCGACGUGGCUAAGCCGCUGCGGUAUCAAGACACGCAUUGUUGACAAGCGUGGGACAAAGGUCUUCAACGGGCAAGCAGACGGCUUGCAGUGUCGCACUCUCGAGAUUUUCGACUCUUUUGGCUUUGCACACCGCGCCUGGCGAGAGUCGAAUCAUAUGAUUGAGAUAUGCCUCUGGAAUCCGGACGAGAACGGUCGUAUUCGACGAUCCGACCGGAUUCCUGAUACCAUUCCUCAAAUCAGUCGCUUCCAACAGGUGGUCCUGCACCAGGGCCGUAUCGAGCGAUUUUUUCUUGAUUCAAUGAAGGAGCACAGUAAUCUGACGGUAGAGCGCGGCGUCCUGCCUGUCUCCUUUGAAAUUGACGAGGCCAAAGCAGCGGACUUCGAUGACUAUCCCAUUAGUGUGACGCUGCGCACCUUGUCUGACAAGGAAGCCACGCCACAGCAGCGGCAGCAGCACCAAAAGUCUGCCGAUGGACAGCGCGCUGUUGUUGAUGAUGGACUCUUCCGAAGCAACCUGGUGGCCGACGACACAGACGAUCUCAUCAGGGCAGCAACAGCCGACAGUAGUCGCGACGGUCAAGUGGAGUUGGUCAAGGCCAAGUUCCUCGUCGGUUGCGAUGGGGCUCAUUCCUGGGUGCGACGUCAAGCCGGCUUCAAACUGGAGGGUGACUCAACCGACUAUAUCUGGGGAGUGUUGGAUAUCGUCCCCAUUACUGACUUUCCCGACAUCCGCCAUCGCUGCGCCAUCCACUCCGCCAAUGCAGGGACCAUCAUGGUCAUUCCACGUGAGAAUAAGCUGGUUAGGCUGUAUAUUCAGCUACAGGCAACAAGCUAUAACAAGAAUGGCGAAAAGGCGGACCGAUCAUGGAUCACACCGGACAUCAUCCUGCAGUCGGCCCAGCGCAUUAUCCACCCCUAUAAGCUGGAUUAUUCGUACUGUGACUGGUGGACAGCGUAUCAGAUCGGCCAGCGCGUCGGAGAUCAUUUCUCGCUGCAUGACCGUGUUUUCCUGGCCGGUGAUGCGGUUCACACUCAUUCCCCCAAGGCUGGACAGGGCAUGAAUGUCAGUAUGCAAGACACAUACAAUCUAGGAUGGAAGCUAGCCCAUGUGGUCAAAGGAUACUGCGACCCAGCAAUUUUGAAGACGUACGAGUCAGAGAGAAGGGGCAUUGCUCAACAGCUCAUCGCUUUUGAUCACCGCUUUUCUCGACUUUUUUCAGGACGGCCAGCCAGAGAUAUCAUCGAUGAAGAGGGAGUCAGCAUGGAGGAGUUCAAGGCGACGUUUGAGAAAGGGAAUGAAUUUGCAAGUGGCAUAGCGGUAAAUUAUGAUGCCAGUCUGCUUGUUGCAAAGGGCAGCAAGAUCGCAGAAUCAAAUGAUGAAUACAAAUGCCGGGUUACCAGCAAACCACAGCUGGCCACAAAAAUCGACGUUGGCAAACGGAUGCCCAGCUUCAAAGUGCUGAACCAGGCUGACGCACGCCCGUGGCAUCUGCAAGAGCUCCUGAAGAGCAAUGGGCGCUGGCGAGUGAUUGUUUUCCCCGGACGACUCACAGAUCCUCGCAACAUGCAGCGCUUCCAACAGCUCGGCCAGAAACUGGGAGACCCAGACUCAUUCAUUCGACAAUAUACGCCACCAGGCCAGCCAAUUGACAGCAUGAUAGAGGUUCUGACAGUCCACGCUGGACCCCGGACUGAGAUUGAACUUUUGGAUCUCCCCGAAGCGUUUCAUCCCAAUCAUGGCGACAUGGGCUGGGACUAUUGGAAAGUGUAUGUGGAUGAUGAUUCUUAUCAUGAGGGCCAUGGGCAAGCAUAUGCAAAUUACGGCAUCGACCCCAGCAACGGGGCUAGUGUGAUCAUUCGUCCUGACCAGUAUGUUAGUUGGGUGGGAGAUAUGGACGACUACGAGGAGAUGGCGCGGUUCUUCUCGGCCUUCAUGAAACAGCAGGUCGCCGGAAAGCCUGGAGCUGCCAAUGUCCGAGUACCGUUUAUGACUACGAAGCUUUGA